CUUGUUGUGUAAAAGUCGCCAACAUGUUCACACUUAAACGUGUGGCGUCUGUUGGGGGCAUCGUGGUCCCUCGGUGCACCUCCCUCACUGGCAGGAACUUCUCUGCUUGGCAUUGCCUAAGAUCCCCCAAAAGACGCAGCCCAUACAGCUUAGUGGACAGUGAGCGCUUUUCUUCUCUCGUGAAGUCCAUCAUGUCGUCCAGAGUCAGUUCCCAAACCCCAGAGACCCUCCAGGCGGAAGACGAUUACAUUUAUGGACGUGUUGUCAAAGCUCAAACGGCCUCCACAAGACCAGAGAUGAGGGAACCGAAAACCCUUCAGCCCCUCUUAAACCGCGAGAAGACUCCGGAGACGGAGGAGCAAGAGUCGGGACCCCCGGUCCGGAUUUUGUUUCAAAGGGGCCAAGGCAGGUCCGUACCGAGUGUGACCCGCAUUCUUCAGCAGACGCUUUCCCCAGAGCAGAUCUUCUACCUGGAGAGAUGGAAGAGGAGGAUGAUCGCAGAGCUUGGGGAGCCUGGCUUCAAAGAGUACACCCAGAAUUUAUUCAGGCAAGGGCAGCUUUUCCAUUCAGUGUUGGAGGACACUCUGACGUCGGGUGCAACACGGGAGAACCAACAUGCUUCAGACACGCCAGAGUAUCCGCCCGAGGUACAGGGAUACAUGGAGAGCAUCCAUCACAUCCUGGGGGAUGUCAGUGCAGUGAGAGCCACUGAAAGCACUGUACAACAUGACACCCUGAACUAUCUGGGAGUUGUGGAUUGUGUCGCUCGCUACAGAGGUGUCCUGUGUGUUAUUGACUGGAAGACAUCAGAAAAGCCCAAGCCAUUCCUGAGCAACACAUAUGACAACCCUAUUCAAGUGGCUGCCUACGCUGGGGCUUUGAACAGUGAUGGCAACUACAAAUACCAGGUUGAAAAUGGACUCAUUGUUGUGGCUUACAAGGACGGCUCACCUGCCCAUGCUCAUCAGCUGAGCUCAGAGCUGAUGCUAGAGUACUGGAAAACCUGGUUGCUACGCCUUGAGGAGUUCACAGAAAAGAGAUCCAGUAAUGCAGCAAGUUCUUUUUCAGAAAAGAGAUGAGAUGUUUGAAAAGAGAUCUGCAAGAGCUUGUCCACGAAGCAGGUUAUUUCAGUUUAGGGCAACUGUACUUGAAGUCAGAAUAUAACAUGCUCCAGUGCAGAAGGAGGGCAAAAACAUUGUCUUUUUUACCCCAACUUUUGACUAGCAUGUCCAGUUCAUCUCACCCCUUUACUGUGCAACAAGUGUGAACGAUUAUGCUCACAUUCUGGACCUAAUACGUUAAUAUAGGGGCCUCAUCCUUUAAUUAGAAUAAUCAUAUAUAUAUAUAUAUAUAUAUAUAUAUAUGACCCUUCCUUGAACUAUCUAAAAAUCAUUGAAUGCAAACCAGAAUUCCCUGUAAGAGGGAUCUUCAGUAAAGCCCAAGUAUUUAAAGAGCCUGUAGGAGACCAUGUUCUCCUCCUCUAUCAAGCAGUAGACAAGGCAGUCCUUUGCGUGGAGUCUCUUGGCCAUGGUGCUGACCAGGACUUUGGCAUAGCCUUUCCCUCUGUGCUCUGGCAGAUUGUGCAACAUCCCCAUGGCACACAACGCAUAGGUCAGGAUCCAGGACACAGACUUUCGCUCUACAUCCAGCACGCAGCAGGAGCGGAAGUUCGCAGUCACGUUGCGGAUCAUCCUCAAAGCCACCUCAUCCAUUCCCAACUUCCAUGUCUGAUUCACCAAGCCAGUGUGUGAUUCAUCCAGAGAGCUUAGGGAGAUCCCUGAGCCGAUACAAAACGGAGAAGAGAAAGAGCCGAAUCCUGUUUUAAUAAUGAACUAUUAAAUCUGAGAUAAUGAUGUUGUCUCACACUAGAAUUAAGAUAUAUCUGCAUGGAUAGGCUCUACCUGUCUAUGGACGCACUGCGAGUUUGUUGCUGGGCACAUUUUUUUUCU